CACCUGUGCUUCCCGCCCCAUCUGCAGGUGGCAGCGCAGAGGCCACGGCCGAACUUUCUCCAUGAGGAGGGGUAGAAGAUGCCGGCUUUGCCCGCGCUGCUGCUGCUGCUGAUUCUUGCCUUUGCCCACAAGAGCCUGGAGGUGCUCUCUUCUCUCCGCAUGGCUGCCAUCUUAGAUGACCAGACAGUUUGUGGCCGCGGGGAACGACUGGCACUAGCCUUGGCACGGGAGCACAUCAACAGCAUCAUCGAGGUGCCAGCCAAAGCCCGGGUGGAGGUGGAGAUCUUUGAGCUGCAGCGGGACAGCCAGUACGAGACCACCGACACCAUGUGUCAGAUUCUGCCCAAAGGCGUGGUGUCGGUUCUGGGCCCGGCCUCCAGCCCAGCCUCUGCUUCCAUCGUCAGCCACAUCUGUGGGGAGAAAGAGAUCCCUCAUGUCAAAGUGGGUCCGGAGGAGACCCCCAAAUUGCAGUACCUGCGCUUUGCCUCCGUCAGCCUUUACCCCAGCAAUGAAGAUGUCAGCCUGGCCGUCUCGCGCAUCCUUAAGUCCUUCAACUACCCCUCAGCCAGCCUCAUCUGCGCCAAGGCCGAGUGCCUGCUGAGGUUGGAGGAGUUGGUGCGACAGUUCCUCAUCUCCAAGGAGACGCUCUCCAUCCGGAUGCUGGACGACACCAACGACCCGACGCCUCUCCUGAAGGAGAUCAGGGACGACAAGAUCUCCACCAUCAUCGUGGACGCCAAUGCUUCCAUCUCUUAUCUCAUCCUCAAGAAGGCUUCCGAGUUGGGCAUGACAUCCGCUUUCUACAAAUACAUCCUGACCACGAUGGACUUCCCGAUCUUGCACCUGGACGGCAUCGUGGACGACCACUCCAACGUCCUGGGCUUCUCCAUGUUCAACACCAGCCACCCUUUCUACACGGAGUUUGUCCGCAGCCUGAACAUGUCCUGGAGGGAGAACUGCGAGGUCAGCGCUUACCCAGGGCCAGCGCUGUCGGCGGCGCUGAUGUUUGACGCCGUCCACGUGGUGGUAAGCGCCGUCCGGGAACUGAACCGCAGCCAAGAGAUCGGGGUCAAACCCCUGGCCUGCACAUCGUCCAACAUCUGGCAGCAUGGCACCAGCCUCAUGAACUACCUGCGAAUGGUAGAGUAUGACGGGCUGACGGGCCGCGUGGAGUUCAACAGCAAAGGCCAGCGCACCAAUUACACCUUGCGGAUCCUGGAGAAAGCCCGGCACGGACACCGGGAGAUUGGGGUGUGGUACUCCAACAGGACCCUCGCUAUGAACGCCACCACGCUGGACAUCAAUGUGUCGGAGAGCCUGGUGAACAAGACACUGAUAGUCACCACCAUCUUGGAGAAUCCCUAUGUCAUGCGUCGCGCAAACUUCCAGGAGUUGUCCGGCACGGAGCAAUAUGAGGGCUUCUGCGUGGACAUGCUCCACGAACUGGCUGACAUCCUUAAGUUCCGCUUCCAGAUUAAACUGGUGGACGAUGGGCUCUACGGGGCACCUGAACCCAACGGCUCUUGGACAGGAAUGGUGGGCGAGCUCAUCAAUCGGAAAGCUGACCUUGCGGUGGCCGCCUUCACCAUCACGGCCGAGCGGGAGAAGGUCAUUGACUUCUCCAAGCCCUUCAUGACUUUGGGCAUCAGCAUCCUUUAUCGGGUGCACAUGGGGCGCAAACCAGGCUAUUUCUCCUUCCUGGACCCCUUCUCUCCAGCUGUCUGGCUCUUCAUGCUCCUGGCCUACCUGGCGGUCAGCUGCGUCCUCUUCCUAGCUGCCCGACUGAGCCCCUACGAAUGGUACAACCCUCACCCCUGCCUCCGGGAGCGACACAACGUCCUGGAAAACCAGUACACUCUCGGCAACAGCCUCUGGUUCCCCGUCGGGGGCUUCAUGCAGCAGGGCUCCGAGAUCAUGCCCCGGGCCCUUUCCACCCGAUGCGUCAGCGGGGUCUGGUGGGCAUUCACGCUGAUCAUCAUCUCCUCCUACACGGCCAACCUGGCCGCCUUCCUGACCGUCCAGCGGAUGGAGGUGCCCAUCGAGUCAGCGGACGACUUGGCUGACCAGACCAACAUCGAAUACGGCACCAUCCAUGCCGGCUCCACCAUGACCUUCUUCCAGAACUCCCGCUACCAGACCUACCAGCGGAUGUGGAACUACAUGCAUUCCAAGCAGCCCAGCGUCUUCGUCAAGAGCACCGAAGAAGGCAUCGCCCGGGUGCUGAAUUCGAAGUACGCCUUCCUCCUCGAGAGCACCAUGAAUGAAUACCACCGGAGGCUGAACUGCAACCUCACGCAGAUCGGGGGGCUGCUGGACACCAAGGGCUACGGCAUUGGCAUGCCGCUGGGUUCUCCGUUCCGGGACGAAAUCACCUUGGCCAUCCUUCAGCUUCAGGAGAACAACCGCCUGGAGAUCCUGAAGCGCAAAUGGUGGGAAGGAAGCAAGUGCCCCAAGGAGGAGGACCACCGGGCCAAAGGGCUGGGCAUGGAGAACAUCGGAGGCAUCUUUGUGGUGCUAAUCUGUGGGCUCAUCAUUGCAGUCUUUGUGGCCGUCAUGGAGUUUGUGUGGGCCACGCGGCGCUCGGCUGAACAUGAGGAGAUCUCCGUCUGCCAGGAGAUGCUCCGUGAACUCCGUCACGCUGUGUCCUGCCGCAAGCCGACCCGCUCCCGACGCCGCCACCGACGCCACUAUGCUGCCCGAGGAGCCCUGUCACUGCGCUCCGUCCGUGAGAUGCGCCUCAGCAACGGCAAGCUCUAUUCGGGGACUCUGGUAUCGGAGCCGGGCCCACAGCGCCUCCUGGAGGAGCCCCCCCGGCCUUGCACCCACGUCCGCAUCUGCCACGAGUGCCGGCGGAUCCAGACUCUCCGGGGAGCCCCCCCCGCCGCCUCGGGGACCCCCACCCCCCGAGGAGGGCACCCCACGGCGGGGUGUCCCCCGCGAACUGAGCGAGCAGGAGUGAGGCACUCCCCUGUCCCUGCCCCACCCCACGGUUGCUUACCACCCCCUCACUCCGUCCCUGCCUUCGCUCUUGGGCGGAGGCGCCUGGUAGACAUGUACGCUGUGCGUAUGCCCUGACUGGGGGACCCCCGGGCCUUGUGGGGGACACCCAUCUCCCACUCACGCACCCACCAACCCCGACACAAGUGUCCCUGGCCCUCGGGGGACACCGAGGGUGGACAUCCUGGCAUCCCCCCAACUGCUGACCCAUGAGUUCAGGGCAAAGGAAGCCUCCCCAAGCCCAGGUCUGCGUGCCUGUAUUGGGGAGUGGACUCUCCCUUUCUAAUGCCCCCAAUUUGUGGGAAAGAGAAGAAGAUGAUGCCAGCCAUGGACUCCGCAGUUGACAGGAUGGACCCUUGGGCUGCUCUCUGUCCCUCUGUUGGUGUGGUCAAGGCAUGGCUCGGCACCCACUUUCCCUUGUGGGGUCUCAAGAGUUGGCAAGACCCCCCUCUGACUUUCUCCCCACAGAUGCUUCCUCAAAGAACCCGCCUUUGCCUUGCCCCCCACCCUGGCUCUUCCUGGGGCCCACUUCUUCUUCAGACACCCCCUUUCUGCCAUUCCUUCCUCCCCAAAACUAUGGAGGAAGGGGCUUGGAUGGAUACCCCGAAAUUGGGCAGAGAUUCCAUUCCUGCCCUGGUCUUUGGGAGCCCCACACACUUUGUGGGGUGAGGGUUUGGGGGUCUGGCUUGCCCUCCUUUGGCCUAUCGGGAGAAGGUAGGGGACCCUCCCUCUCUUUGAAGACUGAGGUAGUGGUAACCCUCCCCCUUCAACCCCAUUGUGAGACUGAUGGGGGGAAUGGGGGUCCAUGUGUAUAGGGAAGGGGGGUUCACAUGGGAUCCCCAACCUGGAGCACCUGGGGCCACGUCUGGAGGGGUCCGUCUGUGGGUUGGGGAAGGGGAGGACUCCCUGGAGGACGGCGCAAGGCCAUUGUGGGGGUGGGACGGGGAUGGACAGCCGGGACCCUGGACGCGGAAGAGAGGGGCCAGCACGAACACCCCCCCC